AUGGGCCGCUGGUGGGGACUGCCGCUUCCCCCAGAGAUCGUUCUGGAACUAUUUGAGUAUUUGGAACCCUCAGAUGUCGUGGCUCUCGCGCAAGCCGCGGAGGCAUUCGCCCAGCUCGCUGUCUCAGCGUUUUCAUCUUGUCUCCGCGAACAUGGACGAACGAUAUUAUUUUCUGCAGUCACAUGUGGACAUACAAGCAUUGUCAAGCAUUAUCUGAAAGCAGGAGCCGAUCCCUGCGUCGCUGAUGAUAAGGGAAACACGCCGCUGCACUGGGCCACUGCUUUCGGCCAUUAUAACGUGGCGACUUUACUCGUUGAUGUGGGGGCCGAUAUCAAUGCACGUCAUGAGAAUGGACUUAGUCCGCUGGAUUAUGCCAUUAUAACGGGAUAUGAUCGCGUUGUGGAGGUUCUUCUGAAUAAAGGAGCCACCAUUACGGACGUAAGGAUCGGCCAGUCUCAAAGGACGACUCUACAUGCGGCUGCUAUCAAGGGAUACAGCCGGAUUACAGAGAUGCUGCUAAGCCACCGAGCUCCUAUUGAUGUCAAGGAUGCCCAUGGUCAUACGCCUCUUCAUUUGGCUGUUUCGGAAGGGCAUCUUGAGAUAGUUCGGGCACUGCUUUGCGCUGGGGCAACCGUUGACAUUCAAGAUGAGUUAGGCGACUCACCACUACACCUCGCUGCCGGCAACGGUUAUAUUUCUAUCGUACAGGAGCUUCUGAAUAGAGGAGCAGACCCUUCUCUGCAAGGUCACGAAAAUGCUACGCCAUUGCACCGGGCAUCUUUACUGGGAUUUGUUGACGUUGUCCAGUGUCUCCUAAAAGCUGGGGCGAAUGUGUCUGCUCAAAGCUUAGAUGGACAGAUCCCUCUUCAUCAAGCCAGUGGUGCCGGUGAGAUCGCAACCGUGCGGCUGCUCCUAGAUGCCGGAAGCGGUCCUUCAAUUCCAGAUGAGAGUGGGGCCACGCCACUACAUUUCGCCGUCCUUUCGGGGAAAGCAACAAUCGCUGACAUGCUAAUAAACGCUGGAGCGCAUGUCGAUAGCGUAAAUGACAAGGAACAGACCCCCUUGCACUGGGCAGCAAAAGGACAUGAAGAGAUGGUCCCCACUUUGCUAAAUCACAAGGCUGAUGUACAUGCUCUUAGCUAUACAGGGUGGACUCCGCUACAUUGGGCAGCUAAUGAGGGCCAUGUUGGUAUAACGAUAGCUUUACUGGAAGCCGGGGCCUUCGACCAGUUUCAAAAUCAAUAUGGGGAAUCGGCGCUGCACUUGGCCUCUCAAAAUGGCCAUGAAGCUGUCGUUCACUUGCUUAUCCAACAAGGCAGCAAUCCGCACCUUACCGAUCAUAAACUUCGUACAGCGCUGCAUCAUACAGCUGCGGAAGGACAUGAGGACACGGCAAAAUUGUUGCUCAGUACCAAAGUCAGAUCAGACGUCAGAGAUAUCGAUGGUCGGACUCCGUUGUACUAUGCAGUACUCCAUGGGCAUGUGACGAUCGCGAAUAUGCUUCUUGACCGUGGUACCACCCUUGAUGAGACCGUCAAGGAAGCCUUUCUAGAGGCUGCAGAAGCUGGGCACGAAUUGAUGAUUCGACUUCUCAUCGUACAUGGAAUUGACAUGUCGUUCAAUGAUUCAAGCGGUUAUACGGCGUUGCACCGAGCCGUUCUGGGGAGUCAAAUCAAAGUUCUUGAGCUUCUUCUCAGUAAAGAUGCUGAUAGGUUUGCCCGGGACAACGAGGGAAAGACGGCAUUGCAUCUUGCUGCCCAGGAGGGCGAGGACGAAAUCGCCAAGAUUCUUUUGAGAGAUAAUGGAAUUAGGAAUCUGCUGGAUUAUAAUGGCUGGACGGCUCUGCAUUGCGCGGUUGACAACGGACAUGAAAACACCGUCCGGACUCUCUUAGAUGCUGGUGUCGAUCCUGGUAUUCAUUCCUUCGACGCAUGCACGCCGCUUGAUCUAGCAGAAGUCGGAGAUCUAGAAAUAAUGACGCAGACGUUGCGAGAGGCAUUAGCGGCGAGAAACAGAUAA